UGCCCCUCCCAAAACUAAGUGUCAGAGGAAAGUAAAAGCAUACACUUCGACUCGUAACCAUUGACGAUUUGAAAUUGAAAUCGUCAGAAGAUGCAGAGCCAGCAACAAAUUAUCAACUAUUUAAUCAUAACUCUCUCUAUGACAUGUAGAUUGACUGAAGGGCGAUGUCCAAAGCCCACUGAGCCUGAUGUGAGUGGCUUUCUUCCUCCCGACAUAACAUACUACGACGAAAAUGCUAGUGUGAAUUAUAAGUGCGCUCCAGGGCGCAAAACUUUUACUGGAGGAUGGUGGAGCACCAUUAUUUGCCGACAGGGGAAAUGGAGCCAUACUCCUCAAUGUAUUGAUGAGAAGGACUGUUUUACUCCAGAGGUCCAUAACGCUCGAAUAAAUAUUGUAAGAACAUCUUAUAAGCAAGGAGACACAGUAACCUUUGAAUGCAGCUGGAGAUACCGACUUAAAGCAGACAACUUUGCAACAUGUCUUGAUGGAGAUUGGACAACUUUGCCCAUUUGUGAUAAAAUAGUAUGUCCUGCACCUCCUAAAAUGGACAAAGCUGUAGUAGUAGACUUGGACUAUCAACCCAGUUUUGAGGAAGGGACAGUUUUGAAUUACAAAUGUAUGGAGUCACAUGAAAUGAAUGGAGCUACACGAAGCACAUGUGUAAAUGGAGAAUGGACAGAGAGAGGUCAUUGUGUACCAAAGCCAGCUCCAACGAGGAUGCCCAUUGCCACUGGGGACUCUGGAAGUAGGGGUAGAGCAACGGGAAGCGCCAUUGGAUCUGGUGGUGUUUCAGGUCAGGAUUGUCCUAAUCCUCCACAAAUAUCAAAUGGAGAUGUUAUCAGCCAGGUGAACAAUGCUGCAACAUACCAGUGUGCCAAUUUUUAUAAACUUCAUGGUAAUAAAAAGAUAAGUUGCAGGAAUGGACAGUGGGACACCCCCCCGACAUGUAAACCUAAUUUUUGCAAAGUGUCGGGGAAAGUACUUUAUCUGACGGAACUGGUUGUGCCCAAGUACAUCAAUGAAGGACGAUACGAGAACUUUUACUGCGAACGCUGGCCCAACUACCAGGGGGGGGCUACUGGUACAUGUCUGAAUGGGAGGAUACACUUUAGAGGAUGUAGCGAAUACGAUUGGGUGAGUUUCAGUGCAACUGAUGAAUAUGCAUUAACGAAAGACAUGACUCAAAGUUUGACAUAGGUCUUGGUAAAUAUUUAUUUUCAUUUCAUUAUCCUUGUUUGGCAGGUUAUUGAAAGUGCACAAUGAAUUCUCCGGAAAUACUUAAAAGAACCAAGAGCCUAUUUCUGAUUUCCUAGUUUUGCAGAUUUCUGUCUUGUUUUUGGGUUUAAUGUCAAACCACUGGACAUAUUGUGAAAUAAAAAUGUCAUGUCCACUGUU